CCUGGAGCUGCGAGAGGGAGGGAGAGAGAAGAAAGGCGCGCGCGCUAGCGACUGGCGAGGGAGAUGGGCAGCUUGGAGCUCUAUCGCAAAUCCACCAUCGGCAUAGGCCUCACGGAUGCUCUGGACGAGAUGGUAACGAACGGCAGCAUUCCUCCUCUUCUCGCCGUGCGUGUGCUCAUGCAGUUCGACAAAUCGAUGGGUGAGGCACUGCAGAGCAAAGUGCGAGCUAAGACGACCUUCAAGGGCCACUUGCGCACAUACAGGUUUUGCGACAACAUCUGGAUCUUUUUGCUGGAGAACGCGACGUUCAAGACGGAUAACGAGGUCCAGCAUGUGGAUCGGGUGAAAAUCGUUGCCUGCGACGCCAAGAUCCUGGCCCGGCCAGCAUGAAAACCCCAUGAAGGCACGAAUGAUAAUAUCAAGUAAGUCGUGAAAGGCAAAGCUCUUAGCAUUUUGUAUUAUGGAAGCAGUCUGAAUGAAAAUCAUGAACCAGGGACACUCUCGUUUCGUGAUUA